CUCGCAACUCUGUCUGCGUUACCAUGACUACCAUACAGAAAGGAAAGUAUCAAAACAGAAGCUGCUUGGUCUCUUUUCUCUUGCAAAUGCAUUUCAGAGAGAAAGAGGAAGAUUUUUGGGAAAUCCUGAAAGAGAUAAAUGUCCAUUUCAUCUUGGCAAAUUAUUGGUUCCCUCUGUCUCUGCACCAGAGAAAUACUGCAUACAGUACAAAAACAUGUUUGUGUGUGUGCGUCCUGUCAUCCUUCUCCUCCUCAUCAACUUUCUCGACCUAUCAUUGUCAUCAUCAUCAUCAUCAUCAUCAUCAUCUCAGAAUGCCACUCGACCCCGUACCCACCCCUCCGGAGAAACAGAUGAUUACAGUGUACUCGAAGACAUUACCACUGAGCCUCCCAGCUCAUCCUCCACUACCUCUGAAGACACAGUUGAUGGUUUUUGCGACUACAGUAUGUGUGUAGAGCAUCAGCAAACCUGCGCAGAGCUCACAGCAGUCACAGGCUGCUUCUGCCCGGGGUUAGAAAGACUCCAUGCCCCGAGUCCACCGACCCUCUCAUAUCUGACUCAACAGGAUGACAAAGGGGUUCUGGUGCACUGGUGUGCUCCGACCUCCAUUGUCACCCACUACAAAGUCUUGGUGAAAGGCAAAGACAGAGAUAUGGAUAGGGAGAUACAGGUGGAAGAGAAAAAAAGGAAAACCGUAUUGCGGGAUGUGGCGGCUGGUGCGCUCGUGUGUGUAGUAGCGGUGAAUAAGAUCGGCGCCAGCGAAGAGAACCAGCAAUCGUGUGCCACAUUUAAACCCCAACAUUCAAACUCUGGACUUGCGCUGAAGCUGGGCAUAAUUGGAGGUGUGGUGGGACUCAUAGUUCUGCUGAUUCUGGCUCUGCUGCUGUGGAGACAGAAAAAACGGCGGGAAUCUUCUGCACGAACCGAGACAAGGGGAGUUCUGUAACAGAGAGGAAGGAGCGUGCAUGUGUGUGGCCAUAAAUAUGCACUUAAUCUUGGAAUGAAUGAUAGGAGUAAAUGAAUGACAUAGCCCACUGUGAGCAUGCUGGAUAGAGGGAGUGUAUUAAUGACUCAAUGAAAGAGGGGUGCAGAGAAGGUGGAUGAAUGACUCAGCACAUUCUUCUCAUUUGGUCGUCAGUAGUGUCUAACAAUGUGAUUUUGGACAGGCACAAAUUGCAGACUGUUGGUGUGCUGACUCUAAUCAUGGGCACCGUUUCAAGUCCAAUUCCCAAAUCAUCAACACACUUUAAACUUGUGUAUCUGUUUCUUCUUCCUGUAUGUGAUGCAGAAUUACAAUUUCUUAUUUAGAUUAAGGACUCGAUCAGAUAAAAUGAUCUGUGCACAUUUUAGGUCACUUCACGGUUUUGCUACAAAAACUAUAUCUGUAAAUAGCCUAUGAGUCUUACAAAAUAAUAAAAGAUAUUUUGUA